AUUAAAUUUCAUCAUGUCGCGUAAAUCUCUGGCGAUCGCAAGCAAUCCACAGCCGCGACGAGUAGGAAUUGCUAAUCGACUGCAGGGUUCGCUGCGCAGCGGCGAACUGAGCGAUGUGAAGUUCACAGUUGGACGCGAUCAUGGCGAAGCGCGCACAUUCUCCGCACACAAGUACAUCUUGAGUCUGGGCAGCGACGUGUUCUACACGAUGUUUCACGGCAGUCUGUCAGAGCGGAAAAAGAUUAUCGAGAUUCCCGAUGAUCUGCCAGAAGCGUUUGAGGUUAUGCUGAAUUUUAUGUACACUGACAAGGCGGAUCUCACCGUGGAGAAAGUUUGGCCUGUGUUUCAGUGCGCGGAUAAAUACGAUGUUCCGUUACUGGUGGAGAUGUGCACCCAGUUCGUGUUGAAGCAAAUCCGACCGGAGAAUUGUCUGACAUAUUUGGAAAAGGCCGUAAAGUGGCAUGCUGACGAUAUCGCAGAAUUGUGCUUCAGUGUGGCGGACGCGUUCACCGUAGUCGCGUUCAAGUCCCAACAGUUCACUUCGAUUAGCCAGGAGACGUUGCGGAAACUUUUGCAGCGGGAUACGUUUCUCGUGUGCGAAAACACCAUCUAUACAGCUGUGGAAAGUUGGUGUGUGGAAGCUUGCAAGAGGACUAAUCAGGAUGCUUCAGCGGCCAAUCGGCGUGCAGUACUGGGGGAUGUGUUGUUCCUCGUCCGAUUUCCGCUGCUCAGCCCUACGCAGCUAGCUAAUGGCCCUUCCAAGACCGGCUUGCUGUCUGAACGGGAACUUGUAGAUCUCUACUCUUAUAAGCAUGCCACACCAAAACCCACGAAUCUGCCGUUUUCAACCGAGCUGCGAGCUAGGAUGGCGCCAUUCCGCGUCUGUGGCAGAGAAUUCCAGCUUCAAGAACGUGUUUUUGUGGAACAGCUUCCGGAAGUCUCUUUCUGGGUGCCGGCGAAAGUAAUCGGUAUUCGACAUUCCCAAGUGCUGGUGUCCAUGCAUGGGCUCUCGGAUGCAGGAGGAUUUCAGUUGGUAGAAUCUGAGAAGCUGGUCCGUGCUGCCAUCAUCUUGAUCAGCGGCCGGAACCUCGUGUGUCACUGUAGCGCCGGUCAGCAUGCCGACGCCACUUACCAGUCACCAGGCCAUGAUUACGAUCGCCACUGGAUCAAGGCGCGUGGCCGACGAGAGGAGGUGUCGUUUAAGGAUAUUUUUGUCCGCCGCGAUGCCGUGCCAAAAUGGAUGACGGAACCGGAGAGUAACGAUGGUAGCAGCGAGGACGCGAGCGAAGACGAGAUACCCCAUCCCCCAGCCAGGAAACGUUCGCGGAAAUAGGAAGCUG